AUGCGUUACUCUCUUGCCUUCGUUGCGGCUCUUACCGCCACCGUCCAGGCCCACGGUGUCAUCACUCAGGUCACUGGUGCCAACGGUGUAGUCAUGCCUGGUCUUUCCGUCGCAGAUGGCACUCCUCGUGACUGCGCUUCCCCCGGCUGCGGCUCUGAGGCGGAUACUUCCAUCAUCCGCACUCGGGAGAUGGGUGGCAAGGCUUCCGCACUUGGCCGUACGCAGGGUGGAGGCGCGGUUGAUGCCGCUGCAGCUAUUGCUACCUUCAUGGGUGGUGCUGGAGGAGCUGGUGCUGGAGGAGCUGGUGCUGGAGGAGCUGCCGCUGGAGGAGCGACUGCUGCAGGAGCUACUACUGGUGGGGCCACUACUGCAGGAGCUGCUGCUGGCAAGGCUUCCGCUGGCAAAGCCGGUGCCGCUGCAACCAAGCGUGGUCUGCUCGACGCCCUCACCGGCGGUGCUGGUGGUGGUGCCGGCGCUGCUGGAGGCGCGGCCGCCGGAACCAAGACAGCCAAGGGUACGACCGAGAAGGGCGUCGCCGCGGCAGCAGGCUCUGGAGCCUCUUCCGGUCUUCCCACCACAGCUGACGACGGCACAAUCACGAUGACCUUCCACCAAGUCAACCAAGACGGCGCAGGCCCCCUCACCGCCCAGAUCGACCCUACCUCCGCCGGCACAGACCCAGCCGCCUUCCAGGACGCGACCGUGACCCAGAACGUGCCUGGCAUCGGCAUCGGCGGUCUAUCUGCCGCUUCUGUCAUGGACUUCCCCGUCAAGGUGCAAAUGCCCGCCGGUAUGACUUGCACGGGCACAGCCGGCGGCGCGACCAACGUCUGCGUCGUCCGCAUGCAGAACUCCGCGCUUGCUGGUCCGUUUGGUGGCUCCGCCGCCUUCACGCAGUCGACUUCGGCUAAGAAGCGCGCGGUUGAGUACAACCUCCGCAAGCGCCACAUGGCUCGCGGUAUUCUCGGCAAGCCUGACCUCGAGUAG